AAAGGGUUCGACAAUUUUAACCUCCGCUUCUACUGUCUGCACCACACACACCGAGAACAGCACGAGUUCGAUCAGGGGCAGCAGCAGAGACAAGCAUGACACGGGCGUCUAGAUUCAUGGACGUCUCCUCCAUAGGUCAAGCUGAGGAGGAUUUUUCACAAAGUUCUGAAUCGAGAUGGAUUCGAAAGAAAAUAAAGAUGCGCGAGUGCGCGAGAUUUGUGGCUGCAGAUUUGAAAUAUAAUUACAAAAUCGAAAAGGAAACCCUAUGUUUCUGCGGACUACCGUUUUAUAAACACAGCAGGACAACCGCAAUUGCCAGUUCGCUUCCAUCAGCGGUCACGUGGUCAUGGAAAAGAGACACAAAAGUCCUACCAACAGAUGCUUUUGGAGAGUUAGAAUUUGUGGGUUACGAAGAUAUUCAAAGAAAGUACAUUCGAAUCGACGCAGAGACUAACAUGCGAGAUGUGCUCCAUCUUCUGCUUAAUAUCUGGGACAUGAAGAAACCUAACCUUCUCAUUUCUGUGACCGGGGGUAGAGAAAACUUCCGAAUGAAAUCAAAGUUGAGAGACAUUUUUCGCAGAGGAAUGAUCAAAGCCUCGACAAGUACAGGCGCUUGGAUCCUUACCGGUGGAAUCAAUGCCGGAGUCAUGCGGUACGUGGGGGAGGCGAUGAGAGACUACUGGCUGACCGCCGCCUCCACAGUCCGGGUGAUAGCCCUGGGGAUAACCACGUGGGGGUGUGUGAAAAACCGAGAAGAUCUCCAGGACACAUUCGGGUCGGGAUUGUGGCCUGCAACAUACACUAUGGCCCCGACAACUGACAGAAAUGAGAAGUGCCUGGAUCCCAAUCAUACUCACUUCUUACUGGUAGACAACGGAACUAAUAACCAACCCGGAGUGGAAAUCAAAUUUCGGACAGCUCUAGAGAGAGCUAUAGCUAACAUAAAAACUGGAAACUCCCAAGACGAUGUUUUCGUUCCCAUGAUCUUACUGCUCAUUGAGGGUGGACUAGAUUCUUUGGAAAGUGUACGAGAAUCCAUCAGAAACGGAAUCCCCGUAGUUAUUGUGAAGUGGUCUGGAGGACUUGCCGACAUUUUGGCUGAAAUUUUUGAGAGUGCGAAGGUAGAAUCUAUAACUAUAAAAAGCAACGGCAACAGCAGAGUAAGGUCGCGGUCGGUGACAGAUAAUUCUAUUCCGACCAACCUUAGGAAGGCCAUUGGUGAGACACUGGGAGAAGAUACUAUAGAGGAGAACUAUUCAAUCCUACGUGAGUGUGUGUUCCAGCGGGAACUUGUCACCGUGUUCGAUUACCACAGUACACUGGGAAUAGAUGUGGCAAUUCUCAAAGGAUUGUUGAAAGCCAACAAGGACCAAGUGUUCGAUCAGCUCAAACUGGCUUUGGCUUGGAACAGAAUUGACGUCGCAAAGAGCGAAAUCUUCACGGAGGACAAAAUCUGGCCGCCUGGAAGUCUACAUGAGAUUUUGUUCUCAGCCAUCAAACAGGAUCGCGUAGACUUUGUAGAUUUGUUAUUAGACAAUGGAAUAUCCCUCAAAGAAUUUGUCACCACAGAAAGACUGCUAAAACUCUACAAUACGGCAUUGGAUCACACUCUUCUUAAGGAACUGCUCUGCAAAGUGAAAAGAAAGCACCAUAACAACGGCAAUACAGCAAUAACAUUAAAAGACAUCAAGAGACUUAUAAAAAUGUUGACAGACAUUAACGUUGAGCCUUAUGCAAGUCGUCCGGCUAAUCAACAACCGCUGGGCAGUAAUAGAAAAAAAGAAUCCAAAUUCCCGUUCGAGGAUCUCUUUUUGUGGUCAGUUCUAAUGAAUCGGCAAGAUAUGGCGAAGUUGUUCUGGAAACAAGGAAAAGACGCCACGGCUUAUGCACUCUUAGCGUUUGGAAUCCUGAAUGCCAUGGCAACCAAGACUGACGACACUGAGCUACGUAACAGCCUGAUCCGGAACGCUGAGGAAUUUGGAGAUCUUGCGAUGGGCGUUUUAAAUGAAUGUUUUGAAGCAGACGAGAAGAAGACAAACUUUCUAUUGAUUCGGCGUCAUGAACAAUUUGAUGGUGCAAACUGCCUUAAAAUUGCUGUGAAAUCCGACAACAAACAAUUCAUUUCCCAUCCAGCUUGUCAAGACUUUUUCCGAAAUGUAUGGAUGGGACAACUGAGUCCUGAAAAUGGGACUUGGAGGCUCCUUAUAUCUCCACUUGUCUUGGGAAUAUUUCUUCUGAAAGUUAAAGACGUAUAUUACUAUGUGAAAGACGAAUCUUCGCAAAGUUGCAAUUCUGAAUCAGAUGUUUUCACGCCAGUAAAACAUGGGACAUUGGAACGACGAUUCAAUAUUAAGAGAACAGUCUCCGAAACCAACACAACGUCCGUGUCAGAUUGUGCGAAGGAAACACUGCCUAGAAGAAGUACAGACAGUAUGGAAGGGUAUUCGAAAAAGAAGCUACAAGGAAUUCGAUGGCAUCUUCACCGAAUCCAGAGCAUAUAUACGGCACCUGUUAUGAUCUUCGCACACAGUGUGGCAACAUACAUAGUUUUCCUGGCCAUUUUUAGUUACAUGCUGCUUGUGGAGUUUGAUCAUCACAUGGGCAAAUAUGAAGUCAUUAUAUUCAUUUGGGUAAUUACCCUAAUGAUUGAAGAAAUGCGGCAGUUUUGUUCAACAUCGCAAACCAAACAAAAUGAGGAAUUUACGAGAGUGGCGCUUUGGCAGAAGUUUCUGAAGAAGAAGAAGGAGUAUUGGAGCGACAGCUGGAACAAAGUGGACGUACUGACGAUUGUCCUGUUUAUCCUGGCGGCUGUUCUACGAUUCUGUCCCUGGACGAUCACUGAAGCACGUAUUGCCUACAGCUUUUGUCUUAUGUCGUUUUUCUUCAGGAUCCUCCAUAUUUUCACAGUCCAUAAGGAACUCGGACCAAAAAUCAUCAUGAUUAGAAGAAUGAUGGUUGACCUUGUGUUUUUCAUGAUAAUUCUGAUGGUGUUUGUGUUGUCCUACUCCAUAACGUCGUACGCCAUCAUGUUUCCCAACUCGGUAAUGAGCUCCUCAUUGGUUACUCAGAUUCUCAGAAAGGGAUACUGGACGUUAUACGGAGAACUGUUCCUUGACGAGUACGAAGGUGCUGGAGAAUGUACAAAGAACGUAACUAUAUAUGCAGUCAGUCCUAAAAACCGCUGUCCAGAGGAGAGAAUGGUGGCAACCCUGUUGAUGGCUUUUUACGUUCUCUUUGCAAAUGUCCUCCUUCUGAAUAUUUUGAUUGCAAUGUUCAGCAAUACAUUCCAAAAGGUUCAGGAGAAUACAGAUCGCCUGUGGAAUUAUAUGAGAUGUUCUCUGAUUUACGAGUUCUACAAUAAGCCAUUCCUGCCGGCGCCAUUAAGUCUGCCUAUUUAUAUCUUCCUGAUGAUAAAGUGGGUACUUAACAGAGGCUGUGGGGUCUGCCUGGACCUCACCCCAGAUCUCAGCGAAGCCCAGGACAGGGAAAUAAUGCAAUGGGAGAAUGUUAUUGCUGAUGCCUACAGCCAGAAACUGAAACGGAACCGGGAAAACAGAAUGGAAACCAAAGUCUUUGAGAUCAAUGAGAGGUUGGAAAAAUUAACAUCAACAAUGGGAAAUAUGCAAUCCUUUCAUGACACAUUCAACCAUAUUGAUCGACGGCUGGACUCUAUUGAAGAAAAGAUUUCAAAGAUUCUUGGAUAUGUGAAUUGGGAAAAGAAUAAAAAAAUCAGUAUAUAUGAAGAAACCGGUAACAAAGGAUCAUCUGGAAAUCCUCGACAUUAUAGCUGCUGAAGAAGAAAAUUAGUUUGAAAUGACAUACUUAUAAUAAAAGUUCACAAAUAUUUGAAAUAAAAAAAUGUGUUUACUUGUAUAUACAUAUGAAUGUAUUAUAAUCUUAAAAGUGUGCGAUAAACGUUUUGUAUAUAUCUAAUAUACUAGUACUUUGGUUAAAGUCAAGCUAUGUAAGAAAUUAAUAAUUGCUUUAAAAAUAUAUUUGUACCAUAUAUACUAUACUAAAUUGAGAAAGUCAUAGUUAAUAGUAUCAUUUGCAUUAAUACCUAUUGAUAUGGUAUUUUGAUACUUUACUGUAAGACCGUUUUGCUUAGAAAAUACGUUCGAAAAUUUAAUAUAAAAGUAAAAAAAAAGUGGGAUUAUCUAUUUCAAUUGUGUACAAAGUACUAUUAUUUUUUUUAAUUGCUGAAAAUGGUAUAAAUGACUUGAACAGUGUUUAUCAUUACAUGAUAACACAUGUAAAUCUUUCUUUUGAAUUAAGAAAUGUUAUUUUAAACAUUGCAUUUACUUUGUUUAAACUUUGAUACUUUAAUUUGUUAUGAAGAAAAAUAUAUAAUUUUCAUAUUUAUCAUUUAUAAGUGUUAAUUUUUAUCAUUAAAACUAUCACUUUUGUUGGGCAUGGAUUUGAUUUUCUACAGGGAAACAUUAAUUAAAUGCAUAAAUGUUUGUAAACGGAGAUGUAUGAAAUACAAUAUAUUUAUUAAAUAUCUAAAAAGACAUAAAAACAUUCAUAAUGCA